AUUCCUACAUUUCCUGAUGAUGAACGUGGUGGCCUUAUAUUUAGGCCACCACACCUCUCCACUCUCCACUCUUCAUCUUCCAAUCACCACCACCAUCAAUAGACUUCACUGUUCUCUAAUAUCCAAGACAUCUGGUUGCUGUAAAAAUGAGGAUUUUCAACUGGGUGCAAGGGAAGCUCAACAAUAAUGACAUGGUUUCCCACAAAAGAGGAAUUAGUGUUGCUAAUGAGAUUGUAGAUACUCGAGUGUUAGUAGAUACUGUGAACUUAGAUGACAUUCUAGCAAUUGGAACGUUCGGGUUUGAUCAGUCGAAUCCCUUCAACUCCGAAACUGAAGAGGAUGACAUAGCAGAUUCCAAGUCGUUGGUUGUUGAAUGUUGUCAGGAAACAGAAGCUGGACAGGAAACCAACAUGAGUAUUUCAAAACCAACCAUUGAUACUUUUGUAGCUACUGCAAAUGAAGUUUGUCUGUUUGAUAAUGAAAUGCUUAAUAACCAACCGGAAAACGAUGAUGAGAAGAAGAAUAAAAUGACGCUUUCUGACUUGUUCUUAGCGGAUGACUACUUCUUCCGCAAUCCAGAUAAUAAUGUUGCUGCUGAUGUUAAGAAACCAUCAGAUUGCCGCAAUAGUUGUGAGGAGAGUGUACAUACUAGUACUCCACCGUCUGCUUCUGCUGCACUGGUCCAAACAAAGGAUAAAAAAACCAGCUGCUCAUUCAUCCACAAGUUGCCAAUACCUUGUAUGACCGCCGGGAAAGAUUCUUCCUGCUUCUUAUAUUCUCGCCUACCAACACGAAAAAUACACCGAAUGAUGGCUGAAGUGUUGAAGAAGAAAAAAAAGAUUCAUCCUGCAGCAGCUCAGGUUGCAGACAGUACUGAAUCAAAGAUAAUAAAAGUUUGUCAUUAACAAGCUACUAGGAUAUCAUGGGAUACAAAAGAAGUACGGCUGAUGAAAUCAAGGAAAUCUCUUGUCAAAACACCAUUGUUUUUGACAAUCCUGCCAAGUGGUGACGGCAGCAAUUAAGGGACAAUCCUAGCUAGCUCCAAUGGAUAUAUUCUGUGUAUCCAUCUAAAAGUUUGGAGUGUGUAUGUGUGUUUUCGCUUUUUUGGGUUGUCUGUAAAGCUUCCUAGGUUUUCUUCUCUGUUUGGGGUCUUUUGGUUUGUGCAUAACUACCAGUCAGCAUGAGAUGGUCAAGAAAAUAUCUUGUUCACUUUCUCAAUGGUUUGUCAAGACGGAAAUUCAAUGGAGAUUGUUUGACAAAAAUUAGUUGGUUGCAGCAUCAUUAAUGUUUUGAUUUUUACAUAGAAAAUAAUGCAAUUUGAGUCCUAAAAUUAGGCUGUUUUUUAGAGAAAAUAAACAAAGGAAAAAUGCUUGAGCC